AUGACUGACAUUUCUCGUUUGUUUUUCAGCUAUGGCCAGGACGAGGCCGAUGAGACCUUCUACGAGCCCGAGGAGAACGUCGACGAGUUCGCUCCGGAUGCUGAAAUUGACGAAGCAGCCAUUGAAGACCGAGCGAACGCUGAUGAAGGCGAGGAGCGAACGGUGGUGACCGGCGACCCCAACCAGAAUGCCCAGAAGCCAUCCAGUGAUGCCGACAAGAAGAUCCCCGACGACAAGAGAACCACUACACCUUACAUGACGAAAUACGAACGUGCACGUGUCCUAGGGACUAGGGCUUUGCAGAUUAGUAUGAAUGCGCCUGUCCUUGUGGACCUCGAAGGCGAGACCGACCCGUUGCAAAUUGCCAUCAAAGAGUUGAACCAAAAGAAGAUACCCCUUGUUGUCCGCCGAUAUCUGCCCGAUGGAUGGUACGAAGACUGGACCUGUGAAGAAUUGCUGUGA